AUGGAUAUGCUCGAUGCAGCUUUUGUCAAUCACGACUACUCUUCAUUUCAUCCAGCUCUCGUGCCGUCUGAGGUGCCGGGCGACAUUCCCUCGUACCUCGAUUCGUCCUCCGCAGGCGUCCACAGUGACAGCUCAGAACCUUCGCUUGCUCGUUCUCAUGUCUCCAUUCCAGGUCAAGAACAUUACGUCGAAGACUCCUUCGGCACAGACAGCGAUGGGCUUGGGGACUUCUACUCCCCCAACUCCGACUUUUGCUGCUCUUUUCCCACGCCGUGGCAAGUGUGCUCUCAAUCUGUCGAGGAUACCAUAUUGCAGGAUGCAACAACGAGGCUUGAAAUCUCUCACACCCCUUCGACCUUAGAACCUUGGUCUCCAGUGUGCACGUCGACCAGCCACCCUUCGCAGGCGAGCCCUCUAGCAUUAUGGGAGGAGAUAGGGGGACACAAUUACUCCGCGGGUGUUUCAGGAUUUCCUGUACAAUUAGACUGUCAGCUUGACCGGAAGAUCGACCCGACGUCGCCGGAUCCGCAGAAGAUCAAGAGCAAAGGUCUCCACCAGGAACACAAGCGCGAGCACGAUGGUCAAUAUAGUUGCGCGACGUGUCAAAAGACCUUUACAAGAGCGGGAAGUCUCGCCACGCACAUGAAAAUGCACGGGGCUGGACCAUACGUGUGCCAAAUCUGCACCAAAGAGUUCCCCAAGGCCUCGAACUACCGCCGACACCUCAAUGUUCACAACGAGAAUCGCCAGAAGAGAAAGUGUCCCAAGGAGGGCUGUGGCAAGACAUAUGCGUUUGCGGGUUGCCUGUCCCGGCACAUCAAGUCGGUAUGUGCACAACACCUUCGACAAGCUGAGAUCUCGCAGGUGGUAGAAGUUGCACUAUAG